AUGAGCGCGUUUAAACUAUCCAGUAUCUGGCAGGAGGACGUCGCAAAAAACUUGUCUAAACUAUUUUCUUCGAACAAGCCUGUUGAGGGUAACCCAACGAAACCUACCUCCGAAGCAGUAAGUCUUAAGGAUGAGGAAACUGCGGUCAGCCCAAAAGCUGGAAAGAUAAAUGAACAGACAUCCUCUGGGUCUGCAAAUAAAUUGUUUACAGACUUGGCAAAGGUUUUUCAGGGUUCUGUGGACAAAGAGAAGUCUUCAGCGCAAGAGGAACCAACAGCUAGUGAAGCCAUUGGAUUAUUUCCAACCAGUGGUUUGAACAAACCUGAGGAAGGUCUUCGACAGAAAUUGGGAAGUUUUUUUAGUCGAACAUCAAAAUCUAAACCAGAACAAUCAUUAACUCCACCCCAAACUAAGAGUGUCAGCAGCCCAGAUUUUAACACUGACUAUCAGAAUGGAGCUCCAACUCCAAAUCAGAAUGAUGCUGCAGAAAAGGAGCCUCUUAGUAAGCAUAUCACAGCAGUCUUUGGCAGCAGUGCUGGAGAGAUUGGCGAGAGAACAUUGAAGAUAACCUGUCUUGAGACUCCUUCCAAAGAGCAGAUACUUGAACAAUCAGAGUUAGUUGAGCAGAAUAACUCUGAGGUUGCAAAUCAUGAAGAAAUCGAAAUUAACUCCAGCAUUUCAGCACAAUACAAGGGAAGUGAAAGAUCAGAAGAAAAACAUAAUGGUUCUGCUCAUACCUCAGAUCCUACAGCCCCUCAGAAAUUAAGACAGUUCAGCAGCUGUAUUCCAUUACAGAAGGUCAGCAAUUCAUCUGCUUAUCAGAGAAGCCUAACCAAACCACAGGCAGGAGUUGAUGAAUGCAAAGAAAUUAAUAGUCACGUUUUCGAAGAUAGAGUCAGUGGAAGACAUAAUUUUGAGAAUGAGCACAACAUGUCCGUUCCUCCGACCAUCACCUAUUCAACUUACUGUGGGGCGAGAAGGAUCAGAAGAAGGAGAUCACAGAGGAAACCAUUCCAACCACUAAAUCCCACAAUCUCUGAAGUAGAUGAAAGGAAUGUGACUUCACUGGUUGAUCAAAAGGAAGAAGAUACUAAGCAUUGUGUCCUUUUACUGGCUCCGGAAAUGACCGGGAUACAAACACCAUUAGAAGAAAAUAUACCCUUAAUCAUGGCAAAUGAAUCAACGUCAAUGAAUCAAUCAAGUCAUGGCAAAGGAAAUGAUGAAUCACAUCCCAGAACUGGCAGAGAGAAAUGUCCAUCAAACAGACCAGAGUUGGCCAAAGAUGAAAAAUCAGAAAACGAAAUACCAGUGCAGCAAAGUUCUUUUAGUGACGUCAACAGGGACAUAGAAUUAACUGAAGCACAUCAAGAAAUAACUAAAAUAAUAACUGACUACAGCACAGUGACAAUAGGUACAAUAGAUAGCAUCCAGAAACAAACAGUACAAUCCAGUACAUCUGUAUCAAACACAACCAGUAUACAAAAGAUGACUGGUGUCAAUCCUGAUGACAUAUCUGUGCCCAGUUUAACUGUGGCACCUGAAGACUUAUAUUCAAAAGGAAGUGGUAUGCCCAAGCUGGACACAAAAUAUCUAGUUCAGAAGGAUAAUCCAAUAAUAGAUCACAAUGAUCUGAGUCACAAAAAUGAAGACUUUGUUGACAUGGCAACAGCUACUCAAACUGAUAGUUUGCCCAAAACAACUGUUAUUGUGAAUCCGCAGCAAAAGACACACAUUCCAUCCAUUUCAAAGAGAAUUGAUACAAAAAAGAUUGAAUCUGAUGUACCAUGGGCACACGGUUUUACUGUAGAUGCAGUUGGAGCAUCAACAAUUCAAAAUUUCAAACCUGUCAAUUCAAAUACUCUUCCUUCCUUGGAAAAUCAACAAGCUGAUAAUACAGAUACACAAGGGAAAGGAAUUGCAUCUCAAUCAGCAGAAGAUAAGACACUGGGUCUUCCUGAAUCCAUUGUGUUUAACCAAAAUGAUAUAGAAGAACAGAAAAUAGGACCUGUGAGUAAAGGUGAAAAUCAAGGCCUAUCAGUGGACAUUUCAGACAAUGUUACAGCUGAACCAAAAAUACUUGUCUCUUUAACAGACCCAGUGAAAACAAUCCACCUGAGCAACAAUGUAGAUACACAGAAAGUAAUACUUAAUAAUAAAUAUGACGUUCAGUUGGAAAUCGCUAGUGGGGCUCAAACAGUCGAGCACACAACUGUAUCAGAAACUGUCACAGUGUUUGGUGAUGAAAAAAGCAUGCCUGAUGUCUGUACUAAUGACAUGCCUAAAGAGCAUAAAGGUAAGGAUAACAUUAUAGGGUUAUCCACUGGGAGUCUCACAAUAGAAACUGGAUAUGAAAUCGAGAAACCACCAAAGAAGUAUAAUCAAACUAUGCAAAGAAGCGCAGCACCUGAUCUAACACAUGUACAUGAGGAGACAGCUUCAGAGGUACCAAAUCAGCAAAUUAAUCAGAAUUCAUCCACGUUGACAACUAUUGAAAUGAUGAAUGAAGCAUGGAAUGAAGAUACAGCUACAAGUGCUAAUGAAUCAACAGCUAUAAAUGAGAAUGAUGAGGUUUCCAAGAUGCCAGGUAUUACUGACUUCAAAAGUGCUACAGACACAGAUCUAAGUACAAUACAAUCAAAUGGGGUUAGCAGUUCUGAAUCCACAACAGCCACUGAACACCAAGAGUUUGCAGAUUCCAGCUAUCUACAGACUGAGAAAUCAUUGUACAUUCAAAAACCAGAUCAAUUGUUCAAAACUUCUUCUGUAAAUGAGCUUGAUCACACUUCAGAAUUUUUACAGGGUACUCAAGUCCCUUUGCUUGAGCCAAAGGUUCCUAGCACAACCAAGCCUUCUUUAUUGAGUGAAAGUAUAUUCUACAGAUUCUAUCAAGAAUCUACACAGUUAUUAAUAGAUUCAGACAUUAAUACCAAUUCAACAGCAAAUAAUGAAACUGUAACUAUUCCAGUUGUUAAAGAAAAUCAGUUGGUUGAAGAAAUCCAGGGCAACAGAGAAGCAUCUGAUUUUGUAGCAAUGCAGCAAGAUGCCAAUGAAUCAUCGAGAGAACCAAGUAGAAAGUGUAGCCCAUCAGAAAACAGUCCGUGGUACAAAUGUUUUCAACAAAGCUCUGGCUUGUUGAACAUGGAGAGAAAUAUACAGCCGAAUAUAAUGAGUGAAACAUAUUUGGAAAAUGGACAGACCAAUGAAAUGGUACAAUUAACAAAAGCAAGUACUCACAUCACAAAUUUAGCUCAGGAAGCAGUUCAAGGUACCUUAGAGGGAGAUGCACUGAGUAAUUCCAGAAUGACCAGCUCUCAUGAGAAGAAUGAAGAAAUGGCAAAGAAUAUCACAACCCAUGACAAAGAGAGUUCAAAUUCAGCAUAUUCACAUAAACCAGAAGACAAAGAGACUGUUUUAAAAAUCAAAGAAAAUAGAGAGGAAAAUAUCACUUUACAGUCAGGAGCAGAACCGAUGAAAGCAAUGUCUGCAAUUGAUGCAUCCCAGGCACAUCCAGAUGAAAGAGUACUAACUGCAGACAGUGGUGACACUUCAGAAGGAAAGGCAAAAGAAAUAAAGGAGAGAAUGGCAUUCUCAGCUGUACAAUUAAUACCACACACCCAGACAGGUAACAUAACUAACAAACUGGGUGCUACUAAUAUAAAAAUGGGUCAAGAAUUAAUACAAAAUGCUGGACUAAUGAAUGGUAUGAACAAUAUUGACUUCAAUAAAUGCAGGAAUGAAUUAACAAUCAACAACACAAUUGAAGGUGAACCUGAAGAAUUAACGAAGAUACAACAGGAUUCUACUGAGAGACUAAAGGAGAUACCAGAGGAGUCUGUACAGAUUCCUGGAGGAGAAAGUAAAGACUCGCCUCUGGUAACACAUGAAAAUGUUUCUGAAUAUAGUCCUUCAAUCCACAGAGCUGAUGAGGAAAAUGCUUCAAUAAUAGUGGAAUCACAUGAGAAAAAUAUCAGUACAGUACCGUUAUUGCCAGAGGACACUGACACUGCACUGGUACACCCUGUUAAAGAUAUAAUAAACCAGGAGGGAGGAACUGGCCUCUUAAAUCUUAUCACAUCAGGAUAUGAAACCGGCAUCACAGAAUCCACACAUAAAACAAUUGAAAUCAAUGUGAGUGAUCAUCCAGUAAGAGAACCAGAUCCUGCAAAAGAAAUAGGGCAGGGAUCUGAGCUCAGAAACUUUGUAGAUGCUGCAAAAUAUUCCUUGUCAAAAGCACCUUUGGAAAUAAUUAGAACAGACAAUGAAAACUUUGAACCCAUGGCCCAGGAACCUUCUGGAAGAGCAGCAGAGCAGUGUAAUAUUACUGAUCAAAUACAGAGUGCUGGUGUAUUAAAGACUAAAUCUGCCACUUCAACCCAAUCAAAUGUUUCCCAGGAAAGUGCAAUGUCUGAUUUUAAGACAGGUGUAACAACUCCAGAAGCAACCAGUUUCCAGCCAGAUUCUGUCCAGUCUGAAGUAAGCCAGUACAGUUUGUCAGCUGACCAAGCAGACUCCAUGAACCAAAACACAACAUUGAAAGAAGAUGGAACUGAAACACUUUCUGAAAUGCAGACAAGCUCCAAUAGCUUGGUGUCUGAUUCAGUUAGAUCCCUGAAAGAAAUGACAAAAAGAAAAAUACAGAAAAUUCAGCUUUCAUCUGAGGAUGGGUUUAAAAUCAUUCAGGGACCUGAUGCUGUACAAUUGCCACCAUCAGACUCAGGAACAGCUUGUAAGGGUGACAUGGCCCUACCAUCAGAAGCAAACUCUGCUGUAGAUCCAGUGUCUUUCACAGAGCCAGUGACACCAGGUGCCCAAACGAGUAGCAUUGGAAGCAAAGAGAAUGUCAUUACUGCUGAAACAGGACCAGAUUUCAUUGACAAUAUGAGGCUAAUGGAUAAGGCUAAAGGUAUUGACUUAAAUCAGAGCACAAUUCCUUUCACAAUGAACAAUUCAAUUAACCAAGAAGCUGGAAAAUUAAGGAAGACACUCGAUGUUAAGGAUGAGAGACUAAAGGUGGUGGUAGACUCAGACGUACCAGACGAGUCUGAAAGUAAUUCUGUAGAGAUCCCUGGAGGAGAGAGUAAAGACUCGCCUCUGGUAACACAUGAAAAUGUUUCUGAAUAUGGUCCUUCAAUCCACAGAGCUGAUGAGAAAAGUGUUUCAAUAAUGAUGGAAUCACAUGAGAAAAAUAUCAGUACAGUACCGUUAUUGCCAGAGGACACUGACACUGCACUGGUACACCCUGUUAAAGAUAUAAUAAACCAGGAGGGAGGAACAGGCCUCUUAAAUCUUACCACAACAGGAUAUGAAACCGGCAUCACAGAAUCCACACAUAAAACAAUUGAAAUCAAUAUGAGUGAUCAUCAAGUAAGUGAACCGGAUCCUGCAAAAGAUUCCUUGACAGAAGCACCUUUUGAAAUAUUUAGAACAGACAACCAAGUCUCUGUACCCAUGGCCCAGGAACCUUCUGCAGGAAAAAUAGAUCAGGGUGAAUUUGCUGAUCCACUACCGAGCAUUUCUGCUUUGUUUAAAGCUACAUCUGUCACCAAAACUGAAUCACAUGGUGUUCCAGAACUUUUAAUGUCUGACUUUGAGAAAAGUAAAUCCAGUCAGUCUGUUAAUCCAAGUUAUUUCAUUAAUGCAAGUUUGAAAACUGUGGAGGAGGACGAUACAAAAAUUUCUGAUGCACAGACCAUUGUGGAUAACUUGUUUGAGGGCAUACAAAAUGGUCAAGUGACAAAAGGCAUAGAAAUAAUUGACAAUCAUCUGAAUAAUGAGAAAGAAAUGGACCCGGAAUUUUUAGAACAGGAAGCAUUGAUCCCAGACCCAUCACUCAGCCACAGCUUUAGGAGUUGGAAAUAUUUUGGGUUUGGUUUACCACCAAUAUAUGAAGAACAGGAGUUAGAAAAUGAAGCAGCAGUAGAUGUGUACGGUAUCACCCAUUCACAAACUUUGAUAACACACCACAAUUCUAAUGACCCCAUUACAUCUGUACCUGAACGUACUACAGCAGUGUCUUCGCCCUUUGUGCAAAGACAAAACAUAGUUCAAGAGGCUGAGGAAGAGGAACAAAAUCCAACCAGUCCUGUUCCUGCAGUAGAAGUGAGCACAAGCCCCUCCGAUGACAACUUGAACAAAUCUACUGCAAUGUCUCAGGAGAUGAAUGAAAAUCAAGAACUCUCUUCACAGUUUCAGACAGAAACAUGUGUGUUUGAUUCAAAAACAUCCCAUGGUCCUAGGUCUUCUGCAGCAGAAGGUAGUGUAUUCUACAGAUAUUUUCAGUCAUCUAAGAAUUUCUUAGCAAAUAUUGAAGAAGCAUCACUAGCAAGUACUUGUGAAAUAUUGACUGAUUCGCAACAUAAACUAAAUCAAGACUCCAAGCUGUUAAAAUGUUCAUCAGAUUCAAAGGAUCUUGUUGGGAACAAAAGUUUGAAAAUCAACCCAAGACCAGGGAAGGUGGUUAUUUAUGAUAAAUUAAACUUUCAUGGAAAUAAACAUGAAAUCUUCACCGAUGUGCCUGAUGCGACAAGCUGGACUUUUUCUGAAGGAGUCACAUUAAGGGUUGUCAGAGGAUGUUGGAUAUUGUAUGAAAAACCUGAAUUUCAAGGCCAAACAUAUGUACUGGAAGAGGGACACAGAGAGUUAGAUGAACUCUGGGUUGACAAGAGCUUGCAACCCACUGCUGUAAAAAUUGUGAUUGGUUCCAUAAAAAGGAUUGUAAAGAAUCACUGCAUUCCAGAGAUUGCAAUCUUCCAAGAAACUCAGCAAAAUGAGAUUAAAAUGUACCUGCACAGUGAAGUCACCUGCUUAGAGGAAUUUGGAAUAACACCCACUGUAUCGUCUAUUGUUAUCAAUUCAGGAAUUUGGCUUGCUUAUUAUAAGCCAAAUUUUGAUGGUCACUAUGCUCUGCUAGAAGCCAGUGAUAGUUCAGCUCCGCCAUCAACUGAAGUAAUGUCGAACAAUGUCAAGUCAUUGCGGCCUCUGGAAAUGGGUGGAUUGAAAGUGGAAAGGCCUUUGGCUCCAAAGGUUAUCAUAUUUGAAAAAUCAUUCUUUAAUGGACAUUCCAAGGAAAUUUGCAAAGAUGCAUCAAAUUUGAAAACAUUUUGGGAGGAUGUUCCUGACCUAAAUGUUAAUGACAUUAAAGGAGUAGGUUCAAUACGAGUGCUUGGUGGAGUGUGGGUUUGUUAUGAAAAAGAAUGUUACAGUGGACACCAGUACCUACUGGAGGAAGGAGAGUAUGAGGACUGGCAGGCGUGGGGUGGAUUUGACAGUACAGUACAAUCCAUGCGAUAUAUUCAGGCAGAUUAUAUGAAGCCUGAAAUCACUUUAUUUGUGGAAGCAAAUUUAAAGGGUGACAAUACUGUUUUUGUUAAUCAUGAUAUUCCAAACUUGGAAAAUAUAGGACAUGGAACUGUGACUCAAUCAAUUGAAGUAAAAAAUGGAGUAUGGGUGGUGUAUCAUGAAGAACAUUACUGUGGAGAGCAGUACAUUCUAGAAAAGGGAGUGUAUAGAAACUACACUGACUGGGGAGGAAAUGACAGCUGUAUCAUGUCAUUACGCCCAAUACAACUGGAACCUGUUGGAGGGAAGGAAGUGCAGUUUCAGCUCCAAGCAUACAAUGGAGUGGACUUUCAGGGAGAAAGUGUUGAAUUUGUAACUGAAAUACCCAGUUUACCAAAUUUACAACUAAAUUCAUUUAAAGUUCUUCGAGGAUGCUGGGUCUUGUAUGAUGGAAAAGAGUACAGGGGCCACCAAUACGUGUUGGAGGAAGGACACUACCCAGACCUUGAAUCUUUGGGAUAUCUGUCAGCCAAACCAAUUCAAUCUCUGAAGCCCAUCAGAAAUGAUUUUUCUAUGCCUUCCAUCAGCUUAUUUAGCCUUUAUUCAUUUGAAGGUCAAGAGCUGAUUCUUACAGGAGGCAUUAAUUACUGGAAGGACAAAGGUUUUUACCAAAUGCCAAAAUCAGUCAAGGUGAACAGUGGAAUAUGGAUAGCCUAUGACCAUGCCAACUUAAGAGGAAGACAGUUUCUCUUAGAAUGCACUGAAAUUACUGAUUGGAAUGAAUUCAGUGAAGGAAGGGCAAUUGGUUCAAUUCGUCCACUUGAACACCCAAGAGUCUACUUCCAAAUCAAAAACAAAGCCACUGGAGGGUUUAUCACCGUCGUUGGAGAUUCUGAAGACCCAAGGGGAUCUAGAUUAUCUGUCUGUCCUUACAAUGGUAAACCUACACAGAUGUGGUUUUAUUGUAAUGGGCUUAUUCAAUCCAAGGCGAACUAUGCGUGCAUAGAUGCCAUUGGUAGUCAAGGAAAGGCUGGAACCAAAGUAAGUCUUUGGACAGAGCAUAGCCGCACUCAUCAGAAAUGGAACAUUAAUAGAGAUGGAACAAUUUCUUCUUUUCUAGAUUUUAAUCUGCGACUAGAUAUUAAAGGUGGUGAUUUCUAUGACAAGCACAACAUCAUCUUAAACUCGCCGGAGGAACAACGACAGACACAGUUCUGGGAUAUUGAAGUGAUUCGAUGAGAAAAACAAAAAGAAAGGAAAAAUCUGAAAUGUCAAUUCUGGGCCAACCUAUGAAAACUGAUAACAAUCAUAUUUACAUAUGUUUGUUCCUCAAUAAGAAUCUAGCAGUUAGGAAUUAGAAUUUCAGUCAAUGAAAAACAUAUGAAGGUCUGUUAUUCACCAUGUUGCAACUUGCCAUAUCUAUCCAGCAGGAGGUUUCAUGAUUGUUCCCACGAGUUUAGUGUAAUUUAGAACUUCAUUACUUUGAAACACUUUAAAUAAAGCCAGUGCAACCAAAGUGCUGAAACAAAUGGAAUAAAUUUAAAAAUACACAACUCAAUGUGUGAGCACUAAAAAAUAUUUCACUAUUUUGAAAGAUGUAACCAUGCACACUUGUUUGUUUUAAUAUUAACACAAUCACAACUUCAAAUAUUGAACCUUAUAACU